CGCAACUACAAUGCAAACAAACAUGGCGGCGUCCGUAAACGCAAACUCAUCUGACAAUCGCUCUUUGUUCAGUCUAUAAACUCGUUUGCGCGCAAAUAACGUUUGUCAGGCAAGCCGUGACGAACGAAAUUGGGGUCAUGUCCAGGCUGGCGGUGGUGUGUGGGGGCUCCAGAGGUAUUGGGAAAGCUGUAUCCCGCCUACUGUCUGAGAGGGGCUGCAGGUUAGCUGUGGUGUCGAGGAACGAAGAUGCCGCCCGGGCCACCGUAGCGACUCUACAUGGAUCUGACCAUGUGGCUCUCAGCUGUGACAUCUCGAAAGAGCAAGAGGUGCAGAAAACCUUUGAAAUAAUCCAGAGGACCUGUGGAAACAUCUCAUAUCUUGUGAAUGCUGCUGGCAUCAACAGGGAUUCUCUGUUACUGAGGACCAAGCCGGAAGACAUGGUGGCUCUGCUUCACACCAACCUGUUGGGCUGCAUGCUGACCUGCAGGGCAGCGCUGCGCAGCAUGCUGCAGACCAAGGAAGCAGCCAUUGUUAAUAUAGGCUCUGUGGUUGGCCUAAAAGGGAAUGCAGGCCAGUGUGUCUACAGUGCCAGUAAAGCUGGCUUGGAAGGUUUCACUCGCUCGCUUGCUAAAGAAGUAGCUUCACGUAAUAUCAGGGUUAACCUGUUGGCUCCAGGUUUCAUCCACACUGACAUGACCGCAGGGCUGAGGGAGAAGGAUGGAGCACACUCCAUCCCUCUGGGGAGAUUUGGCACGCCAGAGGAAGCAGCCCAGGCUGUCCUCUUCCUUUUAGAGUCUCCCUACAUUACAGGACAGGUGCUGGUGGUGGAUGGAGGACUGCAGCUGGCUAUGUAGGGAGUGACAGCUUCUAGAGCCAUCAGACUACUCAAAGGAGCUCAACACCUUCUGUUUUUGAGUACUAAUUAUGUUGUUUUAGACAUGGAUGUGGACGGGUAGCAAAGGUGAGUUUGUGUAAUAAUGACUGAAGCAUCUGACUGAGAAAAUCAGUCUGAGAAAAUCUUUUGAGAAGUUUAAAGUUGUUCAAAGACAUUAACCAGUCCUUUAGCGCACUUCAGAAGAUAAAAACUCACAUCUGUCCUGCUGCUCUCUGGCUUUCUGCUGAGUCACUCUGUGCUGCCACAGUGGGCAGGGCUUAAAGUGUGUGACAGUCUGUCAUGAGUAAUGCUGCUGACUCCAGAGUGUCUGGCCCAGUCCAGACCUUCAUGCCCUGAGGUCCUAAAUUUAAUCAGCAGAUUUAACGCUGUUUUUUUUUCCAUGACUGUAAAGCACUCAUCGCUGAUUGUAACGCUCAUGUUUUGUUCCCCCUCGCACUUCCCUCGGGAGACCCCCUCGCAGCCGGCACAUCUUGCCCACUCCACCCCCACCUAUGGCCCCCUGAUCCCACCUCUGGUGGGGCUUGUCCAGGGAGCCAGCAUGUUGAGCUGCAGCUGGAGGAAAUUAGAGGUGGUGGUGGAGGUGGGGGGGGGUAUUUUUAGCUUUGGGAAUGUUUUGAGUGUCUGGUUACAGCUCUGGACCUGCAAUGUGCACGGAUGGGGUUGGAGGUGGCUGUAAUACCCCUUGAUAACAUCUGAAAAGCUGUGCUGGUCUUCCCUUUCAUUAAAACAUGCUGCUGCCAUUGAUAAAUGGAAUAAUUGACUUUAAAUGUGCUUUCUCUUUAUGUGCAUUUGGGUCCUUAACAGUGUAAGUGCAAGUUCAACUGAAGGGCUGCAAGAACGCCGUUUCCAGUGGGAUUCAUGACGUGUUUACUGGCAUUCUUUUCAUGUUAUAUUUCGAGGCUGCCACAGUAUAAAAACAUUUCACGCUGCCUCUGAAGAGUUUGGAUUUUAUUAAUGUUCAUAAUCUAAGAUAAUAUGAGGACAACAAUCAGUAUACAGGCAUUGAUUGGCAUAGAAAUGUGCAAACACUGUAAGCGCCAGCUGAUGCGAAGUCUGAACAGAGAAAUGUCCACUUUGUGAAGUGUUGCAGAAGAGACAAAAAUGCUAGAUAUAAAUAUACCUUUUUUUUUUAUUAAUUAAUACCCCUGAAUACUGAAAAAAAGAGAAAAUGUUGUGUGUUUAUACAUCCUGAUAAAAGCCGUUUGGCACUAUAUAAGUGUCCAAAAAAUAACAUGCAAAGAAAUGGUGUUUUCUUUAAGUGAUGUAAGGCAGUAAAUAUAUUUAUAAAACUUCAUAAUCCAGGCAGUUUUAUCAGUGAACAGAAAGCUGCAGAUAUAAUUUAAGUCAUGAUUGUUGGGAAACUAGUUUUUUUUUUUUUUUACAUACAAAAAUAAAAUGGACAAUCUGUGAUGUGUGUGAGAAAUAGACUGAAACCUUUCACAGCACCCUCUCAUCAGUGAGAACAGUUCAGUUCACUCUUCUAAAAACAAACCAUCAAAGAAACAGAAAAAAAAUGAAGUUUUUCUUGUUUUCCAUUUGCUAUGAUCAUAUCUGACGUUCUUCAUCUUUACUGGUCACUCACAUCCCUCGACAACCUGCUUCCCCCCCUUUCAACCCUCCGGUUAGAUCCAUCUUUUCUAACUUCAGCCACUCAUAAACCUUCUCUCUCUCUUUUUUUUUUUUUUACUAAGUUGAUUUCUUUUUAAAAA